CGGGCCGCGGCAGUCUCGGAGACCAGCGGAGUCGACCUGAGCCACGCCGAGGGCGCCGAGCGAGCGCCGAGCCCGGAGCACCCAUGCUGCUGACGCUGGCCUGGGGCUCCCUCUUCUUCCCCGGGCUCUUCGCGCUCUGCACCUGGGGGCUGCGCCGCGCGCGGCCCGAAUGGACCGAUUACGACUGCGUGAUGAUCAGCACCAGGGUGGUUUCUUCGGCGCAGGCUGUGUUCGCCACCGGGUCAGGGAUCGCCAUCAUCCGCUCCUGUAAGAACGUGGUCACCGACAGGCACUGGCUUGCCCAAGAAUAUGUCUGGUUUUUGAUUCCAUAUAUGGUCUACGACAUCUACGCCAUGUACCUUUGUGACUGGUACCGAAUCAAAGAACAGAACCGCAGACACUCCCUCAUCAUUUUUCGAAACUUCCUAAGUAAAAACCGCCUCAUGAUCACGCACCAUGUGGCCAUUCUGUUGGUCCUUGUGCCAAUUGCACAGAGGUUUAGGGGAGAGCUGGGGGACUUCUUCGUUGGCUGCAUCUUCACAGCAGAACUGAGCACUCCAUUUGUGUCGCUGGGCAAAAUUCUGAUUCAGCUAAAGAAGCAGCACACCCUUCUGUACAAGGUGAACGGAAUCCUCACGCUGACCACCUUCUUUUCCUGUCGGAUCCUUCUUUUCCUCUUCAUGUAUUGGUCCUAUGCCCAACAGAAGGACAUAAGCCUGUUCCAAGUGCCAUUCAGGAUCCCUGUCUUCUGCAAUGUGGCCAAUGCCUUCCUCAUCGCUCCCCAGCUCUACUGGUUCUCUCUGCUGUGCAAGAAGGCAGUCGGGCUCUUUGAUACUCCCCCAGCCGAAAAGGAUGGAUAAGUGCUCCCAGGAGUCAGGCAGUGAGGGUGCCUCUUCAUACUAGCUGCCUCUUUCACUCAGUAUUCCACGGACCAAAUUGUGCCCUGGAUGGCCUCAGCCUUUUGGGUAUUGAUAAGUAGAUGGGUAUUGAGUUUUUCUAAAGAAUAUUACCUCCCUCUUCUAACCUGCCCCUUUUGCAAAAGCACUUUUUGUAAUAACAACUGUUGGAUACUGUCAGACCUCCAUUGGCAGUAAGGUGGUUUUGCCCAAUGAGCCUUCCUUGGAUCUUAUCUCAAGGGCUCUGGGAGGUAGAAGCAUGGGGUGUGGAGACAGGUGGACCAGGAUAAGUCCCUGGGCACCUAACUGGCCCUCAUAUUGGUGGCUACCCACCUUUCCAAACACUCAGGGCAAUAUCCACAUAUACUGGGCCAGCAGAAACAGUUCUUGACUUGGUUCUAGAAAUAAUUUAUGUUGGCCUGGGGAAACCAUUGUGGGUAGAUAGCUUUUCAUUGUUUACUAGAUAAUCCACUGCCUCAUCCAUGUGCCAACAUUGAAUUCUUGUCAUCUGACUUCCAAUCAGAAGUCUCAUUAGUGAGGGUCGGGGUGGCAGGAGGCAGGGAUGGGAACCUGAAGCGCUUGAGGAGGUAAAAGAGGUCUGCAUCUUUGCAGGCUGACUAUAAGACCAGUGUCAAAGUUGUGAGUUUGUUGUCAACAGUCACAAAUACUGUUCCCUUUUUGGCAUGUCCUUCCAAGCCCAGCUUUCCCCAUAUCCACACACACAGGAUGCUCUUGUUAAAAACUACAGUGGUAGAGUGAAAAGAUGGCUACCAAGCGAUUUAUGCGUAACCCCUCUCGUUGACACUUUUUCACAUGAAGUGGAAACGGAGUUCUAUAUUCCAAACCAUGACAAGUCGCAUCUAGACUGCCUCCUAACAGAGCUUGUGGCCAAAAGCCUGUUCCCACUGAGUGCACCACCGUUUAGCCACAGAAGGCUGGAGAGCAAGAGUGCAAGACAGCCCUGGCCAAAACAUGUCCUGUGAACCGACUCCUUCACACCAUGUGCAAACGGGAUUCUCUGGUGCCAACACUAAUCAUUCCUUAUCAACUAGGAUGGGUCUUACAAACUGCUACCAUGAAUUUUUUUUUUUUCAGGUGGUAGUGAGAAGCUAGGUUUUAAAAAGUGCCUUUUGAUUCAUUGUUGUCCAUUAACUUUUAAAGUACUGAAUAGGUAACAGUGACUCAAAUGUUGACUAUUUCAGUCUUUAAUGGGUGCCAUUUUAAAAAUGCAAAAUGAUAUAUUUUUUUUUACUGGUUUGUUCACUGUCAGUGUAUCUUGCAUAAAUCACCCCUGUGGGUGAUUAAAUUGCACUAAUAUUUCCCAA